AUGUCUCUCUCUCGGUCGCAUUCUCUGUCUCCGUGGCUCCCUUGCUCUCUCACCGUCGCAUUCGCACUCUCCGUUGCUCCCUUGCUCUCCCACCGUCGCUCCCUUGCUCUCCCACCGUCGCAUUCGCUCUCUGCGUCGUUCCCUUUCUCUCCCAUCGUCGCAUUCGCUCUCUCUCUUCCCCCCUUCCCCUCCGUCCGAUCUCCCUCGGUCGCAUUCUCUCUAUCCGUCCGUCCAGUGCUCUCCCUCGGUCGCAUUCACUCACGUUCUCAUCCUCAUUGUCUGCCGCAUGGUGGUCCUUGGUCGCUGCGCUCCUCCCUCCACUCCUUCCUCUCCCUCUCCCUGCCUCCUCCUCUCUUUCUUGCACUCUCUUCCUCCCAUUCCCUCCUCUCUUCUCCUUGCCUCCUCCUCUCUGCCUUGAUCUCUCCUCCUCCCACUCCCUCAUCUACUAUCCCUGCCCUCUCUACCCCCUUCCCUCUUCCCCUCCUCCCUCCUCUCAUCUCCCUGCCUCAUACUCUCUGCCUUGCUCUCUCCUUCCACUCCGACCUCUCCUCUCCCUUCCUCCUCCUCUCUGCCUCGCUCUCUCCCCGUCCCAGUCCCUCCUCUGCUCUCCCUGCCCUCUCUGCCCCAUUCUAUCCUCCCCCCCUCCCUCCUACCCUCUCCCUGCCUCUUCCUAUCUGCCCUGCUCUCUCCUCUUCCCCCUCCCUCCUCUUCUCCCUCCUCUCCUCCCUCCGCUCCUCUUCCUGCCCCUUUUUAUUCUCCCUCAUACUUGCGUGCAAGGCCUUCGGUGGUGUGAAGGCGACUGCCUGGAACAUCAAGCUCGUUGGAGCUGCGUACGUGUGCUAUGUGGCCCCCAACCCCUCGGCCCCUUCUCACUUGGCCCCGCGGCCCGACGCCCCCAGUCCCCCGGCCCCUCGGCCCCUUCUCUCCUGGCCCCGCGGCCCGACACCCCUAGGCCCCCGGCCCCUCGGCCCCUUCUCUCCUGGCCCCGCGUCCCGACGCCUUUAG